AGAAUAAUUUCUCUGGAGGCAUACCUCUCUCACUACAAAAUUGCCACUCCUUGUUGAUCCUGAAUGUUCGCGAAAAUCACUUCUCAGGAAGUAUACCAAACUGGCUUCCACACAAAGCAAGGGCUCUCCAACUAAGAUAACAGAAUCUCAGGACACAUACCAAGCUGCAUAAACAAUAUCACAGCUAUGGUUGUCCAUGUUCGUUCAGUCAUUGCAAUUGGCUACAUCUUUUAUAUUGAUGGUACGCGUUACAUCAUACGAGAAAAUCUUAUGCUGCUUAUGAAGGGUAAAGGAUUAGAAUAUGAAGACUGGAAUUUGAUUCACAUUAUUGACCUUUCAAGUAAUGAUCUGCUUGGAACAAUGCCUGCACAAAUGUUUAGCCUCACUGAAUUGCACUCCUUGAACUUGUCCCACAAUCAGUUAGUGGGGAAGAUACCAAAGGAAAUUGGCAACAUGAGAGAACUUGAGUCCCUUGAUUUAUCAAGGAAUCAACUUUCAGGUGAAAUUCCUGAGAGCAUGUCAAACCUGUCUUUUCUUAGUUACUUGAACCUGUCAUUCAACAACUUAACAGGAAAAAUCCCAUCAGGGACACAACUUCAAGGCUUUGGUGCACUCAGCUACAUUGGAAAUCUUGAUCUUUGUGGACCUCCACUUACAAAAAGUUGCUCACAUGAUGGUAUAUUUGGUGGCACAAAGCCUUUGGAGGAUGAUGAUGAUGAUUCUCAGUUUUGGUCAUCUUUCUAUAUGGGCAUGGGGGUUGGUUUUGCUACCUGCUUUUGGGGAGUGUGUGCUGUCAUCUUCUUCAAUAGAAAGUGGAGACAUGCUUAUUUCAGAUUUUUGUAUGACUUAAGAGACCAGCUCUAUGUCAUGGUGGUCACAAAGAUGAACAAACUUUUCAAAUAGCCCUCAAAGUAGUGUUUCUCAAGUUUGUCCUGCUAUUACAAUAUAUAUUAAUAGUGAAACCAAAUUUUGUGUUUUA